AUGGACUUCUUGACGUCAUACAAUCUGUGCGCGGGCGCCACGGGAACAGCUGGCUCUGUCCCUACGUCGUCAAGCCUUUGUAGGGAGAUCCCGGAGUGUUAUACCCAUGAUAUCGAGCGCUGGGUGCUCGAAGAGUCGCAGUGGAAUAAGUUCGCCUGGGAUGUGUCGAUAGAGGAAGAGCGCGCGUUUGCGAAAGGCGCUAUCCCGAAGAAUGCCUAUGUACCAGGAGUUUCGUCGUCGAUCGGCUCCGCCCCGCAAACGGAAGCUGAAACUGUAGUGGCUCAACCAAUUGUACAGCACGCACCACGCCAUGUUCGUAAUGCUUUGGACCUGGAUGAGAUCUUCGAGGAAGUCGAAUCGAGCCCGUUGAUGAAAGUGAUUCCGUUUGCUCAAGCCGAAGGCGUGCAUUGUUCAGUGACCGGACCAACUGUCAAGGCCGGAGACUAUUUACCAACAGUCUAUCCGCAUUCAAAAUUUGCCACUCCUGCCUUUGUUACCGCAGAGCGGCAUCCUGCUCCGAGUACGCUUAGUUCACGCAUGCCGACGCCCGCGCUAUCGCCUUCCAACAGCAGCAUCUACUGCCCUGACGAGUCAGACUGGGAAAAGGAGCCUACCAUACCUGGAGCCACUGGACUGGGUAUUGCAGCCAACGCCGUCUUCGCACAGAAUGUAUUCGGUCUCGAUAGCAAGGCCUUUUCACGGCCCAUCGCCUCUGAUCUGCCGCAUCCCGGUCUGCUCUUCCCUCCUCUGGAUGUACAUCAAGAACAAUACGCCCUUCCAGCUCCUCCUCCUGUGUUAAUGCACGAGAAUAUGAUCGGCCAGGACUUUAUGGCAUUCCAGGCGCCAAUGCACGGCCCGUUUCGUACCCCAGCGUCCAAAGUCAACCGGACUAGCAAGCCGUACGAGCGGAAGCACCAGGCUGUCAAAGCGAAUCAACACAGAUCUGAACCUCUCCAUAGGGAAGAGAGCGGCAGUAAGGAAGGUAGGGUAUACAAGUGCCGUUAUCCAGGCUGCAAACGAUCCAAUCAAGAAUGGAAGGAGACGCGCACGUUCAAGCGUCACCUCGAGACACAUCCCGAGUAUAAAUCUGAGUGGAUGUGCCCGGGUAUGCUGAAGACCAACGGUGAACUCUGCUAUGGAAAGUUUGCACGAAAGGAUGCUCUUUUGAGGCAUUUGCAGUCCGUGCAUGGGAUCCAGCGUGGUGAAGAUAUCGGCAGAGAGCUCCUCCGAACCUCUAACGAGGACGCUAUUUUCAGGGACUAUGGUAUUUAG